AUGGAGCUUCCUGCCUCGCCGUGCGAAAGCAUCCGAGCGGCAGAGGUCGAGACCGAGAUCGAGGACAACGAUGGCCAUCAUGAUGAUCCACAAACGAAUCAGUUUGCGGAGAUUGAAGAGGAGUUUGCAGAGGCUGAUGCCAGGACGUCUCCAUCUCAGCAUGCAUCGUCACCAAAAACUGGGGAUUAUGUAGUGCCAGCCAAAAACAAAGAGGUGUGGAAGCAAUUUGGUUGCGGCACCGAGGCUGGACGAAUGCUUCGAAAGCUCUACGCUGGCCCAAAAGAAGCAGCCUCAAAGGUGACGUACCCACAGCUCCCCUCUCCGAUAAAACGCUGGGAGCCUACGAGAGCCAAGCCGGCUGCCCCAAAGGCAGUCGUGCAGGUCCCUCGAUCUGCGAUUCCCAGGCGUGACAUGGAUGAUCCACGGCAAUGGCCUCCGCCUCCGAUUCCUUGCAGGCGACCAGCUGUGGAGAUCCUUGCCGAACUCGAGGCAGAGCAGGCGAGACGACGUGCUGAAAUUCCUGAUCUGCCAAAGGGUAGGAACCAGGACCAUGAGAAGUUCAGCUUGCAGGAGCGAUUCCGCUAUUGCGGUGCCAAGAUGUUGCCCAAAGGCAGCAUGGGUUAUGUAGAGCCUGGACAAGUGCCUCCCACAGGUGGGGCGACUGAGGCGGCUCUGAAAAGAGAAGAAAGAAAGCGACUUGACGAGAAUGGCUUCAACGCAGAGCAGCGCGAAAUUUUUGAGCAUCUUAUCAUCGGAGUACAGCGCAAGCAAGCGCGCAUUGCUCAGAUUGAUGAGGAGGCAGUGGACCAAAGGCCCAGCAAAGCCAAAACAGCCAAGAACAAGGAGGCCUUGGAGCUGAGGAAUGCUAUAGAUCGUGAUUUGAAAGACAUGCAGACACUAAUGAGUAUGGGUGAGAGGCAGCUUGGGCAGAUGGAGACAUGA